AUGGCUGAAAUAAGCGAAAAAUACAACACAAAAUGCCCUGGCGUGAAACGCCUAAUGAGAGAGGCCAUGGAAUUGGCGGAGGCGACAGAAGAAUACUGCGCAAGGCCCUUGGAAGACAAUCUUUUCGAAUGGCACUUUACAGUUCGAGGACCUAAAGGUACAGAUUUUGAGGGUGGCAUCUAUCACGGUAGGAUACUAUUACCCAAAGAAUAUCCUAUGCAUCCUCCUCAUAUAAUACUUUUGACGCCAAAUGGUAGAUUUGAGGUGAAUAAAAAGAUUUGUUUGUCUAUAUCUGGUCAUCACCCAGAAACUUGGCAACCAUCAUGGUCCAUUAGGACUGCAUUGUUGGCACUUAUUGCAUUUAUGCCUACACCUGCUGAAGGCACUAUCGGUUCACUUGAUUACUCUCCUGCAGAGCGUAAAGUCCUUGCUAAGAAAUCAGCAAGUUGGGUUUGCUCACAGUGUGGAGAAAUAUCAGUUUUGCUGUCAUCUACAGCAGCAAAACCAAUAACUGAAGAGGAAAAAUCUGUUUUAAACCAGAUAGCUUUUAAAGGAGAAGAAGAGCAAACUGCGAAACCACCAGAAGAACCUGUGAAUGAAAUUGAGCCUCAAGUUUUGGAGUCGUCUGAACCUACAAAUAGCUUCCUAGACCAAUUGACAGAGAUUCUUGUAGCUUUACUUGUGGGAGCAAUAGGUAUAUUUAUAUAUAGGCGCUGGAAUGCACAUUAUCAUAGUUCAGAGACAGAACUGUAA